AUGGUUUCGGCGUUUUCGUUUUUAGGGGAAGUUUCCGACAAAAGAAUCGUUGCUACAAAACGCGCUUGCGAGCACGUGGAACACACUCUCGUCUCCUUUGUCGCACUGCACUAUAAAUAUUCCUCAACUUUUCCAUACUUUCCUUCUCAACAGGAACAGCGCUGAACCUAACCCUCACGAAAACCCCUUCCGAUUUGGAACCUUCACUCGUCGAAACCCUAACCCUAACUCCUUUCUUCGAGUUGAAUUGCUGUUUGGGAGAGGCGAUCGAGGAAGGAUUGAUUGAUUGAAAAUCGUAGUUAGCAUUGAAGAACGAUGUCUGCUGCUGUGUGCGGAAGCAAGAGAUCUUUCUUCGAAGAACUCCCUCCGUCUCCUCCACUCUCUAAGAGGCUCCGUUGUUCCUCUUCCCCGAUUCGUUUUCCUCAUCCUUCUCUCAUCGACCAGCUUCGCCCUCUCUUCCCUCACAUGGAUGACCUGGUUCUUGAGAGAGCUCUCCAGGAAUGUGGUAAUGAUCUAGAUGCUGCCAUCAAGAGGCUGAACGAGCUUUGCUUGGGAACUGCUGAAGGAAAUGGAACUGCUGAAGAAUCGGAGGUUAUUCUAAAUCUGGAAGCGGGAAAAUUGGAAGAUGAUGGAAAUGCUUCUGUUUCUGAGAAUCUGCCUGCUUCGAACAACCUUCCAGCAGAUGGAGCAGAAUGGAUUGACUUUUUCGUUAGGGAAAUGAUGAUUGCUACUAGUGUUGAUGAUGCUAGAGCCCGUGCUGCUAGAAUGCUGGAGGUUUUAGAGAAAUCAAUCAGUGCGCGAGCAACAGCUGAGGCAACUGACGCUCUUCAGAAGGAAAAUUUGAUGCUGAAGGAGCAAAUUGACGUGUUGAUUAAGGAGAAAAAUUCUUUUAAAAAUGCUUUUAGAAUCCAGCAUGAACGUUUUUCUGAUUAUGAGAAUAAGAACCAAGAGUUGCAAAAUUUGAGGCAAUUGGUGUCUCAAUACCAGGAGCAGAUCAGAACUCUUGAGGUGAAUAACUAUGCUUUAGCAAUGCAUUUGAAGCAGUCUCAACAGAGCAAUCCCUUUCCAGGGCGUUUCCCACCUGAUGUCUUCUAAUGGAAUGAAUGUGUGUAGAAAGUCAUAAUAAGGUCGGCAAAUAGCUGUAUCAGGUUAAUUAUGUCUUGUGUUUUCUUAAUCCCGAAAAGGUCAAGGGUUGUAGUUUGCCUAGCUUCUGUUGAUCAAGGCGGGAUUACUGUUACUGUUGUUUUAUAUAGUUCAGGAGUAAUUCUAUAGAAUCCGACAUUAUAAGAAUCGUUGUCAAUUAAUUCAAUUAUCCGUUUGGCGUUU